AUGCUCCCGACGGGCACGGUGGUGAACUACAGCGUCAUGGUGAGCGCCGCGGGCGCGCGGUACCACGAGAUCCCGCCCACCUUCUGCGGCAACACCCGCGCCUUCGACCCACCCGUCGGCUGCUGGCCCGACGCGGCGGGCUUCCAGCGGCUCGGACAGCAGAGGCGGUACACGGAGGACCCCGGCUUCGUGGACAUGGCAGGCGGUAAUUUCGCACUGAGGCGCGACGCGCGGCUCUUCCGGGACCUGCCGGGCUUCCCCGAGAUCCCCUUCUGGGACAUCGGGCCCGCCGCGGCGGCCGGCCCCGCGCGGCGGGCCGCCCCCGAGCCGCCGCCCUGGGCCGUGGUCGUGUGA